AUGGCGGAGGUGGAUACGGACACGGUGGAGGUGGAUACGGACACGGUGGAGGUGGAUACGGACACGGCGGAGGCGGAUACGGAAAAGGACAUGGCGGAGGUGGAUACGGACACGGUGGAGGUGGAUACGGACACGGCGGAGGCGGAUACGGACACGGUGGAGGUGGAUACGGACACGGCGGAGGUGGAUACGGACACGGCGGAGGCGGAUACGGACACGGUGGAGGUGGAUACGGACACGGUGGAGGUGGAUACGGACACGGACACGGGGAGGUAUGGCGGAAAAGGACACGGCGGAGGAGGAUAUGGCCACGGCGGAGGUUAUGGACAUGGAGGCGGUGGAUAUGGCAAAGGCUAUGGAGGCGGUUACGGGUAUGGCCAUUAA